AUGAUAUCAGCUAGAGUAACGUGUAAUAGAGUAGCACAUAGAUUACCUAAUGGGCUUAGCUUAUCCACAUCCCGUGUAGCUCCCAUAUUAUCGAGGCAUCAACCAUCAACCUCACAAUUGCAACAGACACCUUUACAACACCAAUGGAGUUCUGUGACGUCUACUUCACCUCUUCACAAUCAAACUUCCAUUAUAAAUGCUGUUCGUCACUUCCACUCGUCGUCACCAAGAAACUUGCAAAUGCAGCAAAACAAAGAUGAAGAAGAUAACAGACCAGCGUUGGAAAAGUUUGGAACCAACUUGACCAACUUGGCCAAGGAAGGUAAGUUGGACCCUAUAAUUGGACGAGAUGAAGAAAUACGUAGAACCAUUCAAAUCCUUUCGAGAAGGACAAAAAAUAACCCAGUAUUAAUUGGAUCUGCUGGUACUGGUAAGACCGCGGUAAUGGAAGGUUUAGCGCAAAGAAUUGUGAAAGGCGAGGUGCCAGAAUCGAUGAAGAAUAAGGAUAUAAUCACAAUGGAUCUUGCCGGUAUCAUCAGUGGAUCCAAAUAUCGUGGUGAUUUUGAAAGCAAAUUGAAAGCUAUAUUAAAGGAAGUCGAAGAAAAGGCAGGUAGUGUUAUCUUGUUCAUUGAUGAAUUCCAUCUACUUAUGGGCUUGGGUAAAGCUGAAGGCUCGAUAGAUGCUAGUAAUUUGUUAAAACCAGCAUUGGCAAGAGGUAAGUUAUCAAUGUGUGGUGCUACCACGACAGAAGAAUAUAGAAAGUAUGUUGAGAAAGAUGCAGCAUUGGCAAGAAGAUUCUCUCCUGUUACCGUUAAUGAACCUACAGUUGAAGACACAAUUUCUAUACUUCGUGGUUUGAAAGAAAAAUAUGAAGUGCAUCACGGUGUGAGAAUUAUGGAUUCUGCAUUGGUCACGGCGGCAUUAUAUUCGAACAGAUACAUCACUGAUAGAUUCUUACCAGAUAAGGCUAUUGAUCUUGUUGACGAGGCAAGUUCAACAUUGAGAUUGCAACACGAGUCGAGACCAGAUGCAAUUGCCAAAUUGGACAGGUCGAUAAUGACCAUUGAGAUUGAAUUGGAGUCGUUGCGUAAGGAAGAAGAUAUAUUAUCAGUUGAUAGAAGGCACAAAUUGGAAGAAGAGUUGAAAGUGAAGAAGCAGGAAUUGCAAGAGCUUACUGAGCAGUGGGAAUCUGAACGUAAAGUUAUUGAUGAAAUCAAAGAGGCCAAGCAGAAAAUCGAACAAGCCAAGCACGAAUUGGAGCAAAGUCAAAGAAACAACGAUUAUGCAACGGCUUCUAGAAUCCAGUAUGCAGAGAUUCCUGAAUUGCAAUCGAAAUUGCUCCAAUUGACCAAAUCUGAAAAAGCAACUCAAUCUUCAAACUUGCUUCAUGACUCUGUCACUUCUGAAGAUAUUGCCUCAGUGAUUUCCAAGAUGACAGGUAUACCGGUCAAUAACCUUGUUAAAGGUGAGAAGGAUAAAUUGCUUGAUAUGGAAACCAUUUUGAAACAAGAAGUUGUUGGACAAGAUGAAGCAGUGCACUCUGUUUCCGAUGCCAUAAGAUUGCAAAGAGCAGGAUUAACGGACGAAAAAAGACCUAUUGCUUCAUUCAUGUUUUUGGGUCCUUCAGGUGUAGGUAAGACGCACUUGACAAAGGCAUUGGCUCAGUUUUUGUUUAAUGACCCCAACGCUAUUAUCAGGUUUGACAUGUCUGAAUUCCAAGAAAAACAUGCUGUCACCAGAUUGUUGGGUGCACCACCCUCUUAUGUUGGAUACGAAGAAGGAGGUGAACUUACAGAGGCUGUUAGGAGAAAGCCAUAUUCUGUGGUGUUGUUUGAUGAAUUUGAAAAGGCACAUCCAGAUUUCUGUAAAUUGCUCCUCCAAGUGCUUGACGAAGGGUCACUUACCGAUUCUCAGGGACACAAGAUUGAUUUCAAAAACACAAUUAUAGUUCUUACAUCGAACUUGGGACAACAAAUAUUGUUUGAUGAUCCAAAUGCUAGAGAAGACGGCAAAAUUAAUAAAGAGGUUAAAGACGCGGUAUUGGAAAAUCUCAAAAACCAUUACCCACCCGAAUUCCUCAAUCGUUUAGACGAAUGCCUUGUCUUUAACAGGUUAUCUAAGCAUUCACUUCGUGAGAUUCUUGCCAUCAAGUUAAGAGAGAUUGACGAUAGAUUAUCACUGAAACGUAUUGUACUCGAUGUUUCCGAAAAAGCAAAGAAGAUUCUUACUCAAAAGGGUUAUGAUCCAGCGUAUGGUGCAAGACCAUUGAAUCGUGUAUUGGCCAAGGAGGUGUUGAACCCAUUGGCCAGAAUGUUGAUUAGUGGACAAAUCCAAGAAGGUGAAACAGCAAAAAUUGUAGAUAAAAGGGGAGAUGUUUGGGUUGAAGCUAAUCAUUCGGAGAAGUCUGUCGUUGACAAAGAAGAGGAAUAUUAUGAGAAGAAGAGUGGCAAGGAUGAACAAGAUGAAUAA